AUGCCCGAUACUCUGCCCUUGUCUGCUGAACCACGCAGCCUUCAAAUGCCGGCAAAUCCAGGCAACGCCAGCAGUCGAGCGCUGUCGCUGGCAACGUCAACGCCGCGGUCUGGAUGGGCGACUCCUGGAAGCGUCGCGUCUCCGGUAUCUCCGGGGACCCGGAUGGCCACAACGUCCCCGGGUACUGUCCUGACUGGCUUCGUCGCCCACGAAAACUGGGCUGACGCCCAAGAUAGCAUCUACAUCGUGCUGGGUCACGGGCCGUACCAACGCCGAGUCCUACUGUGCAGCGUCCUGUCGGUGAUCGUGGCGCUGUUGCAGGCGCUGUCGGACCGACUGACCAGCCGGCCCGUGGACCACUGGUGCCGACCGCCGGAUGCACUGGGCGAACUGUCUGCCGACGCGUGGAAGAACAUGUCCAUCCCACUCGAGGAUGACGGCUCGUUCAGCAAGUGCAGCAUGUACGACCCGCCCAUUGCGGACGUUCCGGCGCAUAACAGAUCUACCGUGCCCUGCCAGGGAUGGGACUACGACAUUCCGAACCGCGGCGACAGCAUCGUCAGCCGGUUCGGCCUCGUCUGCGACCGCCGAUACCUGCUCAGCCUGCGCAUCGGAGUCUUUGUCACUGUUUCCGGUUUAAUGUCACCGCUGCUCGGGCUUGUGUCUGACCGCAUGGGCCGCAGGCCCGUCACCUUGGCCUCCGUGAUCGUUCUCCUGGCCAGCACCAUUGGCAACAGUGUCGCCGGGACGUUCACCUUCUACCUGUGCACGAGGACGGUAGUCUUCACGACUGUCCAAGCCGUCUUCGUGCUCACCUUCAUUCUGCUCUACGAGGUUACCGGGAACGAGUGGCGGCUGCUGUUCAGCCUCCUGGACACGGCCGUAGGGGCCACGGUGGUGCCUCCGUUCGCCGACGCUCUCACGCAACUGGAACCGCGUUGGGCACUGGUGCAUGGACUCGCCAUCGUCCUCACGACCAUCCUGGCGAUCUGGUGUUGCCUGCUUCAAGAGUCACCCACCUGGCUCCUGGUCACCAGGGACGUGAAGAGAGCGCGCGAGGCUGCCCUGGAAGCAGCCAGCAUGAACGGUCUGGACACCGUCAAGGCUGGGGCCACCUUUCAGGAGAUUCUCGUCCAAAUGGCGAAACUCUAUCGGAGCCCACACACGUCGACGGGGCUCGCCGCGACCGACGGACCCGUGCAGUCCGUUAAGAUGCGCCGCCGUGCUGCGUCAGUGUUCCUGGCUAGGUUGACGCUCAGCGCCAUUUACUUCCCCUUGAUGGCAAUGGGACACUCCAUCGGCUACUACUGGGCGGCUGCGAACGCGCUGCUGCUGGCGGCGUCCUACGUGGCCGUCGGCUGGGCCGUGGUUAAGCGAGGACUCCGGGACACGCUGACUGUGCUGCUGGUCGUCGUGUGCGCCUUCUCCGCCGUCCAGACGCUGCUGAUGACCGUCGGCGGUUUCCAGCUGGUCGAAUCAGUUGUGCAUGUCGGGCUCAAGGUCGGUCUGUCUGGAGCCAUGAGCGUCGUCCUGUGCUAUUCGGCCGAAGUGUUCCCCACGAGGAUCCGGUGUGCCGGCGUGAGCGCGUCGCUGUUUUUCGGUUCCGCCGGUGCACUCCUGGGAGUCUUCCUGUUCACGAUGAAUGGCCAAAGAGCGGACAUCUUGUUUCAUGCGACCGCGGCCAUUCUGACGGCCCUUAGCAUGUUCGCGGUGCAGUGGCUUCCCGAGGUACUCGUGGAAACGCGCAAAGGCGAAUGA